CUGGGACUCACCAGUCCUCACAUCUCCCUAAAAAGGUUUUUCACUCUCCAAUCGGUUGAGAAGGGGGCAUCACUUCUCAAGACAACCCCAGUAGGACCAGACCAGAGAAGGGAACAGGAGAGAAGAAGGAACAGGAGGACCUGGGGCUUUGCAGACACUCAAAGUAACUGCCCAGAAAGUACAGCUGCCCCCCAACCCCCCAUCCCCAAACACCCCCAAAAUCACAGUCUAAUGGCUUUAUAACAAAGUGCAAUCCCUCCAGGGUUUCUGCCCUAUCAUUCUCCUUUUUGCAUUCCAAGAUUUGAAUUGAGGACCCCUGAAAUCCUAAGGAAUUGGCCUCACGGUGGUGGAGGUAAUGAGCAUGGAUACACAUACGAGAUGGAAAAGGAGAACUUGGAGAAAAGACUUGUCCCUUCUUGUAGCACUAAGCUUUAUAUGUUCCCAGUGCCAUGCAGGUCAACCAGCAGAUGUUUUGAAGGUAUUAGAUUUUCACAAUUUACCUGACGGAGUAAAAAAAACGACAGGGUUCUGUGCGCUGAGAAAAUCAUCAAAGGGACCAGACGUAGCGUACAGGGUGACCAAGCACGCGCAGCUCAGCGCGCCGACCAAGCAGCUGUUCCCAGAUACCCCAUUUCCUGAAGACUUUUCCAUAUUGAUAACUGUGAAACCUAAAAAGGGAAGCCAAUCGUUCCUGAUGUCCAUUUACAACGAACAAGGCAUCCAGCAAAUUGGAGUAGAGCUCGGCAGGUCGCCCGUGUUUUUAUUUGAAGAUCAUUUGGGAAAGCCCGGCCCCGAGGAUUACCCGCUCUUCAGUGGCAUUAACCUUUCCGAUGGCAAGUGGCACCGGAUAGCAAUCAGCGUACACAAGAAACAAGUCACUCUGGUCCUGGACUGUAAGAAGCGAGCGCAGAAAGCGCUUGAGCGCAGCGACCACUCCAUCAUCGACACCAAUGGCAUCAUAGUGUUUGGAACCAGAAUCUUGGACGAGGAAGUGUUUGAG